UGGACGUCGUGUCGUCCUCUCCCGCCUCUCUCACUCUCUCUGUGGAUCGCUUGUUGCACCAUAGUUCUCGACUCGCUGCUCCUGGGCCCAUUUGAACCCGUUUUGUCUCUGAAUUGAACUGUAUGAAUUGCAAUUCCCAAUCUCCUCUGGAAAGCUUUUCAGGAAAAAAUGGAGGUCCAGCUUGGUGCACACACUGUAAGAUCCCAUGGAGUUAUGGUUGCUAAGUCACACAAGCGGGAUUGGAUUAUACUGGUGCUUCUUGGAGUGAUAGAGCUCAUUCUAUAUAUCAUUCCUCCUUUUCACCGUUUUGUGGGGAAGGAUAUGAUAUCUGGCCUCAAAUAUCCUCUGAAAGACGUUACUGUGCCUGUAUGGGUUGUGCCUAUUUAUGCAGCAUUGUUGCCCAACGCCAUUUUCCUUGCCUUCUAUUUUCGUAGGAGAGAUGUGUGUGAUCUCCAUCAUGGCAUACUAGGCCUCAUAUUCUCCAUGUUGUUGGCGGGGGUUAUCACAGAGGCAUUAAAAAAUGCAGUUGGUCGGCCUCGGCCAGAUUUCUUUUGGCGUUGUUUUCCUGAUGGGAUGGAAGUUUAUGAUAAUUUGGGUAAUGUAGUUUGUCAUGGAAAGGCCGGACACGUAAGAGAAGGAUACAAGAGUUUCCCUAGUGGUCAUACUUCGUGGUCCUUUGCAGGUUUAGGUUUUUUGUCAUUGUACUUAUCAGGAAAGAUUAAAGCUUUUGAUUGCAUGGGUCAUGUGGCAAAAAUAUGCAUUGUUUUUCUUCCUCUACUUGUGGCAUCUCUUGUUGGCAUUUCUCUGAUGGAUGAUUAUCAGCACCAUUGGCAGGAUGUUUUUGCUGGAGGCCUCUUAGGUUUGUCCAAGCCUCACAGUGGCAACAUUUUGCUAUUUACAGCUCUUCCCACCACCAUAUCGUAGUGAUGGUUGGGGGCCAUGCGAACAUUUUCAGGUGUCGGAUGAAUCGCAUUCCAGUGCGCAACCAAGUAAUGUUAGAAAUGAAUUCAAUGAGCAGGGUAUGGAGGUAUAGGUUGUUCACCAACAGGGAGCACCAAGAAACAAUGAAUUAUCAAGAUUAUCUGGUGCACAUUGGAUGAAAUGGAAUCUGGUAAAAUAUAACAUUAUAUAAAUUGUAAUUUGUUUCGGGCUGAAAUUCUGCCUUUUGUGCUCUUACCUACAUUUUUCUUAUGUAAAUAUGAGAAGAACCAACUACCCCUAUCAACCAUGCAUUCUCAAUUUA